UGUCACCGAGCAGACAAGAAGAACUUCCGGACCAGACAGCCAUCUUCCCAUGUUCUCUCUCUCAUCGUUCCUCUCGAAUUUGUGACUUGUUCACCUUUUCGCUCAUCUUCGACGAUAACCAAACACGUCGCCAUCGAGUACAAGUAGCGAGCUCGCGUCGGCGCAAAGAUGGCGGCCGACCGCCGCGAGGACAAAGAUGGCGAACUCACCGUGCUAGAGGACAUUUUGACGGAAGCGCCGGAUCAGGACGACGAGCUGUACAACCCUCAGACGGAGCGACACAUCACCGAUAAGAAAGGAACGAAGCGGAAGAGCGAGCAUUCAGAGUGCCACGACCGCAAGCGGCUACGGGGCUCCUCCAGCCACGCCCCCUCCAGGUCGUCUUCGGCCAAUAAGCGAGGCUCGGGGGCGCCCCUCUCCUCCUCGUCCUCCAAGAGGUCGGCGAGCAGUCCUCACAGACGCCACGUCAGCGGCUACCGCGGCGGCGACUACGACGAGCGAAAGAGCCGCCGAGGGAUGAAAGACGCCGGCGGGCGCAGCCGCGGAGGCGAGAGAGCCAGAUGCAGACGCUCGCCCAGGGACGCCGCCAAGCAGAAGCGCUCCAGCAGCCCCUCCCACCAUCCGGAGGACAACCAAUCGGAGGAGGAGGCGGCGCCGGAGUACGCGUCGGAGCAGCUCUCCGGAGGCUCCUCCCCGGCCGCCGCCGCCGCCGCCACCUCGCACGACGAAGAGCAAGAAGAGGAGGAGGUGGUGGAAGAAGAGGAGGGUGAGGAGGACGAGGAAGAGGAGGGGGACGGCGAGGAGGAGGAGGAGGGGGAGGAGGAAGAUGAGGAGGAGGAAGGCGGGAAGGAAGAGGAAGGCGAGGACGAGGAGGAGUACGAGCGGCGCGCCGAGGGCAACGACUACGACACGCGCAGCGAGGCGGGAGAUUCCCGCUCGGCCUCCUCCGUCACUUUCUCCGACGGCGAGUCGGCACGCUCGGCCUCGGACGCGUCAGGUUCCCAGAAGAAGCGGGAGAAGCUUUCGUCGUCGGUGCGCGCUGUUAAUCCCACCAGCAACCUUCGCUACAUCCUGCGCGACUCGCGCUUCUUCGUCAUCAAGAGCAACAACCACGAGAACGUCUCGCUGGCCAAAGCCAAAGGCGUGUGGUCCACGCUGCCUGUCAACGAGAAGAAGCUGAACGCGGCUUUCCGCUCGGCUCGCAGCGUCAUCCUGGUCUUCUCCGUAAGGGAGAGCGGAAAGUUUCAAGGUUUUGCCCGCUUGGCUUCCGAGUCUCUUCACGGCGGCUCGCCCAUCCACUGGGUGCUUCCGGCCGGCAUGAACGCCAAGAUGCUGGGUGGCGUCUUCAAGAUCGACUGGCUGUGCAGGCGGGAGCUCCCCUUCACAAAGACGGCUCACCUUUCCAAUCCCUGGAACGAGCACAAGCCCGUCAAGAUCGGACGUGACGGACAAGAAAUCCAGCCAGACGUGGGCGCCCAGCUGUGCGCGCUGUUCCCGUUGGACGAAAGCGUGGACAUCCACCAGGUGGCCCGGCGCGUUCGCCACAAGCGUGAGACCCCUCCGGAAACGCGACCCCGCGGCCGCCCGCCGCUGCGCGAGCCGGGAAGGCGUCGUCUCCAAGAGUACGACCUCCACGGCAGGAAGCGACCUCGGGCCGAGUGUCCGGACUUCGACCAGCGAUCAGGCUUCAUCCCGGACCUGCGUGAGCAGCCCGUGGACAGGCGCUUUACCAACGUGAGGCGGGACAUUUUCCUCAACGGGGUGAGUGGCAAAGGUCGCGGCCGGCCGCAAGCGUCGGCGCUGGCUAACGGGGCUUGUGUUUCCCGCCAGUCUUACGACUACAUGAGAGACUAUCAGCACAACGUGGGACCGCCGCCUCCUUGGCAGACCCUGACAACGUACCCCGGCGUGGAGGCGCCCGCCCCCCACCACCCUCCAUACUACCACGCCCCGCCGCCCCUGCACCAGGCCUAUCACCACCAUCAUCAUCACCCCGUGCCGCCGCACGAGGCCCCGCCCCCUCGCUUCCGAGACAAACAGCGAGCGGCGGCGGUGCCGCAUCGCGCCUUUGCGUCCAGUCCGCACGACUACGACAUGCGCGUGGACGACUUCCUGAGGCGGACGCAGGCGGUGGUGAGCAGUCGGCGGGAACGCGAGCGGCAGCGCGAGCGAGCGCCGCCGAGGCGAGAGCGACCUAGAGAGCGAGAGCGGGACAAGGAGCGGGGCCGCUACCGCAGAUGAGUGAAGAGAAGUGACAUCACGGAAGAAAAAUGGGGCCGCUUUGCAACUGAACGGAUUGCUGUCCGUCACCUCCGCUUGUUUUAUUGCAAAAUGCCUGUCCCUGCCUGGCCAACACCAAAUAAAUGACUUGUGUUCUUUCACGUAA